AGGAACUUAAAAAAGAAAAGGCAAAGCUUCAGGCAAUCCAGGGAGAAGCAAGGAAGCUUAGAAAUGAACUGCAGAAAGUUCUAGCUGAGGGUGAUGGAUAUAGGGCUGCUGCAGUUUUGGCAGAGAAAUCUCAGAAAGAGGAACUAGAAACAAUGCGCUCAAAAUACCAAGAAGAGAUUGCGUCUUUACAACACAUCAUGUCUGAGUCUGUGCGGGAGGCCAAGGAAAGUUCUACAGAACAGUUUGAAAUAGAAAAGCACAAUCUUCUGGCCAGAAAUAAAAAAUUAGAAAAUGAAUUAACAAACCUCAAGUCCCUCCUUUCUACGGAAGAGGAGAGUAGCAACAGACCAAGAAUGUUGUCAGGGAUCUCUGAUGCGGUGGUCAAUGUCAUAAGAAGGAACACUACAGCAAGUGGUAAUUCUAGUGUUGAAGAUGAGGCUGUAUCACCUGAUGGAAAAUCUUUGGAGAAAAGCAUGGAAAAGGCCCAAGAGGAUGCAGAAGCCUGGAGAUCAAUUGUUAUGCCUUUAGAGGAGGAAUUAUCCUUCACGAAAGCAAAAUUAAAAGAUUUACAAGAAAAGUUGCAAAUUGCAGAGGCCAAGCUUAAGGAAGGAGAAAAUAAAAAAAAUGACAAAAAAUCAGAUGGUGGAGAAACUUUCUCAAGGGAAAGGUUUGAAGAGCUGCAAGAAAAGGUAAAAGAACUUAACCAAUAUCUAGAGGCUGAGCGGUCAUCACGCACAGAUCUAGAGAUGUAUGUGGCUGUCUUGAAUACUCAAAAGGGGGUUUUGCAAGAAGACUCUGAGAAAUUAAGAAAAGAGCUUCACAAUGUCUGUAGACUGUUAGAGCAAGAAAAAAUGUCACACAAUGAUUUAAAGCAGACAUGGGAGAUGGCAAAUGUACAGUUUGUAGAGAAUCUUAAGGUACAGAGUGAAGCUUUCACCAGAGUAUGGAAUGUCUUGACACCUGCUCAGCAAGCUGCUGUUCAGAAAAAACAGGGGCAGCAACAGGAAGAGCACCAGGGACAAAAACAACAACCACAGGUUGGCCAACUUAUUGAUCUGCAGAGUCCACAGACAUCCCCACAGCCAACUAAUGAACAGCCUAGCCAUGUGCCUUUAUCUCCACAAGUGCCCGGAGAAUCUGGUUCAAUAUGGGACAGCAUUCCUACUGUUCCUUGCACAAAUGAGGUUUCAUCUGAAAUUAAUAAUCUUCCUGGAACAACAAAAGAGGAAGACAAUGGAGGAAGACUAAAGAGAGUACACUCAGCAUCUGACGUAACAUGGAGUCGUGAGAAUAACAAUAGUGAGGUUUCCAGAGCACAUUCUGAAGAGGAGCUAAAUCCAGAGCUAUCAUCAGGUGCCUUGUCUAAUGUACCUCCAGCUGAUGGACCCAGUUCCCUCCCUUCCAGACCUCCAUUAUCCUCUAAACGAUCUGGGGCCAAAGUUGACUGGAAGAAUUUCCAGGAAGCUGUAAAAGUUUCCCAUGAAAGCAGCUUGAACAGAUCUUGUGCCAUGUGUGUUAACUAUGAAAAGCAGCUUCAAAAGAUGCAGGAUGAAAAUCAGAAGUUUCAAAACUUGGCAUCUAAUUUACAAGUGGCUCUGGAUCAAGAAAAGAAGGAAUUGUUUAAAGAACAAAAGAUGAGAAGCAAGUUGGAGGAGAGUGUGUCAAGUGCUGCAGAGGAUGCACAGAUGCAAAUCAACAAUCAUGCAAUGACAAACAAUAAGUUGGAAAAAUUGAUUGCUGGGCUAAGGGAGAACUUUGAGGCAACUAAACAUGGCACCCAAACUCAAAUUGCAAAGCUUGUAACCUCAAGGGAUCAGUUGAUGCAGGAGCUUUCGCAGCUUAGAACAGAAUAUGCUGCACUGCAAGACAAUGCUAUUCAGCAACUGACUCAUAUGGACUCUGAUGCCAGGCUGGCUGAAAUGCAUGAGCAGUUGAUGCAGAUUAGAGCAGCUUCUGAGGUCACAGAGGAAAAGCUAAGAAGUGAGGUGGCUUUCCUGAAGGAUCGUGUGAUGGCAGAACAAGUUGCAAAGGACAGUCUAGAAGCAAUGCUUCAAGGGGAUGUGGAUAACACAAGGGUUGAACUUGAGAGACUAAGAGGAGAGUGUGAUAAGGAAAAAAAAGCCAGGGAAGAGGCACAGGCCAGGCUUAACAUGUCUGGUCAGUCCAUAAGGAACACAGAAGACAAAUCUAAACAAGUCAUCAUUGCUCUUAGAGGACAACUGGAUGAAGUUAAUGCAGAAAAGACUAGGGCAGAAGAGGAAAGCAAACAAUUGAGAAACCAAUUACAGGCAAUGACUGAACAACUAAACCAAAGUGAGACCGUUCAGAGAGACUUUGUGCGUUUAUCCCAGUCUUUACAGAUGCAAAUUGCUCAAAUUCAUGAAUCAGAAACAGAUGUUCGCUGGCAGUAUCCUGAUGACAUUAAAGAAUGUAAAAGUUGCCAAAAAGUAUUGAAAGCAAACAAAGAUAAGCAAAACUGCCAUCAUUGUGGUAAAAUAUUCUGUGAACAGUGUUUGUCCAAGUCUGUGAUGGGAAGUAAAGCAUCAAAGUGGCAUCCUGUGUGUGACAGCUGCUAUGUUAUACUAAACAAGGAUUCUUCUUCAACAUUCUACAACACAACCCUGGCUGAUGAUCAGAGAUGAAUGGUUGUGGACUUGUGUACUGUGGAAGUUCAGGUUAAGGUUAAUUUUGAGAAAGAGUACAAAAUAACCCCACAGUUUUAUUUCUUGCUAAAGAGAACAUUUUAGCUGAUUCUUUACUUUCUAUGAAUUCAUGAAAGAAUCUGAAUGGAUAAUUUUCUCUUGUGAUGAGGGGCAGCAUUCUCUGCCUCUCUUGUAAGUAGAUGAUCUAGCAAAUGUAGGAAAGAAAUGAACACUUCUUUAAGUGCUUGUUUAAAACCUUGGACUAAAUUGCCAACGAAUAGUUUACUAAACAAGUCAUUUAGUAAUUGACAUUGUUGAUCCAUGAUCAUGGUUAACCUAUUAUAUUAAGUCAGGUGCAUUGAUUCUGCCCUCGCUUAGAGGUUGGGGUUGGGUAGAAUUUUACAGUUAUCAUUGUUCUUUAAUCAUGCUAUCAUGAUUAUUAUUAAUAUGGCUAAGCUUCAUUAUAUGGAGGUUUGUAUUAGACAAAACACAACUUGGUCCUGACAUUAUCAGAACAUUACAUUCAUUGGUUACACAAAUUUUGAGUGGGAAUGAAUUUCUUUGAGGAGACAUUGUGCAAAUGUUCUUGUUAUGGUCUCCUUGCCUUAC